AUAUUAUCGAUGCCAGUUGAUCGCUCUCGGUCUAGUUUUGCGACGGGCUUCCCACGUCGACAACAGCAAUGCAGAUCGCCUAGUUUGGACUUCAAGAGAGGCAAAGGGGGCAUUUCGGCAUUAGUCUUGUGGAUCUGCCGGGACGCUAGUUUCCGACCGAUCUCCCUUCGAUCUCCCUCCUCCCUUGCCGAAGCGCCCGGGAAGCGACCAUGGCUUCCGCCUCUGCCGCCAGGGCGAUGCCUGGUAGCCCCGAGAAGACCACAUCGCACGGCGAUGCCCCCCUCACUCAGUCGCGUGAGACAGGCGACAUCAAUCCCGAGUCGCGCCAAGGGGACCCAAUCGUCAACCGCCGCAGGGCAACGCCCUUUGCAAAGUCAUGGGCGCACAUGGUGGCGGGAGGAAUCGGGGGCAUGACGGCUGCCACGCUGACCGCACCGCUUGAUGUGCUCAAGACGCGACUUCAAUCCGACUUCUAUCAAGCGCAGAUCAAAGCCUCCAGGGCUGCACACCCGGCAUCCAUGAACCCGUUGCGGGCGGUCGCAUUCCACUUCAGCGAAACCGUAUCUAUCCUCGGGUCCGUCUACCGCCAGGAAGGACCACGCGCGCUCUUCAAGGGGCUCGGCCCGAACCUCGUCGGGGUCAUCCCCGCCCGCUCCAUCAACUUCUUCACGUACGGCAACGGCAAGCGCAUAAUCGGGGAGUACCUCAAUGACGGCAAGGACUCGGCCUGGGUGCACCUCAGCGCGGCCGCCCUCGCCGGCAUCGCCACCAGCACAGCGACGAAUCCCAUCUGGAUGGUCAAGACGCGCCUACAACUCGACAAGAACAUGGCGAUAGAGAGCGGCGGUGUCGCCAAGAGGCGCUACAAGAACAGCGUGGACUGCAUCCGGCAGGUGCUGCGCGAGGAGGGCGUCCGGGGCCUCUACAAGGGCAUGAGCGCGAGCUACCUGGGCGUGGCCGAGUCGACCAUGCACUGGAUGCUCUACGAGCAGAUCAAGCGGUCGCUGGCCAGGAGAGAGGAGCGCAUCGUACUCAGCGGCAGGCCGAAGAACUGGUGGGAUCACACGGUCGACUGGACCGGCAAGUUCGGAGCUGCGGGCUUUGCGAAACUUGUCGCGGCUGUCCUGACCUACCCACAUGAAGUUGCUCGCACCCGCCUGCGGCAGGCCCCCAUGGCCGAUGGCCGGCCCAAGUACACCGGCCUCAUCCAAUGCUUCAAGCUCGUCUUCAAGGAGGAGGGCAUGCUCGGCCUCUACGGCGGCAUGACCCCGCACCUGCUCCGGACGGUGCCUAGCGCGGCCAUCAUGUUCGGCAUGUACGAGAGCAUUCUCCGACUCCUCAACACUCCGGCAUGACCUACCCCGCCGGAUCCGUCGCCCCUCGCCCGUCGUCUCGCUCUGGCGCUGCAGCAGACACCUCGGCCCUUCGAACAAACUGUACACCACCAUGUAAAAUUACUAAUCACACUUAGCAUCCGACGACCUGGGCGCGGCCCGUA